UUCUCGUUCUCCGUUGGAAAGAAAGGUUUCUCUUCUCUUUGAGAAUUCCUUCAAACUCCGCAACUCCCAAUCUAUUCCUUUUUUUUUUUUUCAUACUUUUUAUUUGUUCGUUUUUCAAUUGCUUGAAGAUUUCAAAUCUAUGAGCUGGUUUGAUAAGCUACGUUCUUCGUCGAAUUCCAGCCACAUUGCCGGCCUUUUAAUUUUUAUUCUCUACCAUUCCUUUCUUUUAAUUUCCAAUCUUUCAAUACCUAUAAAACCGUAAACGCAAUCUGGGUCUUCUUCCUUUCGAGCAAAGAUGGAGUCGAAAGAAUCAAAUUGCACGGAUACGAUCAAUGGUCCUUUUGUUUCACAAAUUGAGAGGCAACAACUUCCCGCUCCUUCAGUCAUUGUGAUAGGUGGAGGGAUUUCGGGGAUUGCUGCUGCUCGUACACUCUGUGAUGCCUCUUGUAAGGUCGUCCUAUUGGAAUCACGAAAUAGACUUGGUGGUCGUGUGCAUACUGACUACUCGUUUGGUUUUCCAGUCGACAUGGGGGCAUCAUGGCUGCAUGGUGUGUGCAAUGAAAAUUCACUGGCUCCUCUAAUUAGAGGCCUAGGACUUUCAUUGUACCGUACAAGUGGUGAUAACUCUAUCUUAUACGACCAUGAUCUAGAAAGUUGUGCACUUUUUGAUAUGGAUGGCCGACAAGUACCUCAACAGCUAGUCAUUCAAGUUGGAGAUACAUGUGCGAGAAUUCUCAAAGAGACGGAGAAAGUAAGGGAUGAACAUAGCCAUGACAUGUCCCUUCUUGAAGCCAUCUCCAUUGUUUUGGAGAGAAAUCCAGAGUUCAGACAAGAAGGGCUUGCCCAUGAAGUAUUGCAAUGGUACAUAUGUAGAAUGGAAGCUUGGUUUGCGGCCGAUGCGGAUAUGAUAUCGUUGAAAAGCUGGGACCAGGAGCAUGUUCUUUUGGGUGGCCAUGGACUUAUGGUAGAAGGGUAUUAUCCCGUUCUAAAUUCUUUAGCGAAAGGGCUAGACAUAUGCUUGAACCACAGGGUUACAAGAAUUGCUCAAUGGUGUAAUGGAGUAAUAGUCUCUGUUGAGGGUGGGAGAAGUUUUGUUGCUGAUGCUGCAAUCGUAACAGUGCCUCUUGGGGUUCUCAAAGCCAACCUUAUUGAGUUUGAGCCGAAGCUACCGGAGUGGAAGAUCACUGCAAUAUCUGAUCUGGGAGUUGGCAAUGAGAAUAAGAUUGCUCUAUGCUUUGACACAGUUUUCUGGCCGAAUGUGGAAUUAUUAGGCAUUGUUGCUCCUACAUCUUAUGCCUGUGGCUAUUUCCUAAAUCUUCACAAGGCGACGGGCCAUCCAGUCCUUGUAUACAUGGCUGCCGGAAGGUUUGCCUAUGACAUAGAGAAGUUGUCUGAUGAGGCAGCUGCCAAUUUUGCAAUGUUGCAACUCAAAAAGAUGCUUCCUGAUUCAAAAGAGCCUAUCCAGUAUCUGGUCUCACGUUGGGGAACAGACCCGGAUUCACUUGGUUCUUAUUCCUAUGACUUAGUCGGGAAGCCCAUUGAUUUGUACGAGAAGCUUCGGACUCCAGUGGAUAAUCUUUUUUUUGCUGGAGAGGCUGUGAGCAUGGAUCACCCAGCAUCUGUACAUGGAGCUUAUUCGACAGGAGUCGCAGCUGCUGAAGACUGCCGAAGGUGGAUACUAAAGCAAUGCGGCAAUUUGGAUCUUAUCCAGCUUGUCUCAAGGGGAGAGAAAACAGAAGCUGAAAUUCCACUUCGUAUAUCAAGGAUUUGAAUGAUGAUUUGACUUGGGUUUACAGCCGAUAAAGAUAAUUUGCUAGUUGUAAGCCUUUAAUAGAAUAGAGGUACUUCUCCACUCUGUAUACGAUGAAAUUCUGAUUUUUAAAUCUUUUAAAAGUCCCUUCAUUUAUGAUGAAUUCUUGGAACAUGUGUUUUGUUUUUUAUCAUGGCAAAAGUGCCGUAAAAUUCCCAGUGGAUCAAUCAGUUUAUCUUGAGCGUUAGGAAGGAAUUUUCCA